CCAAGUGUCCUGGACGGCCUGUUCGGUGAGUUCUAUGCAUUGGCUCCACAAUCGAUGCCAACUUUCCAAACCACUGCACCUUGUAUGGGGGCAUUUUCUACCUCCCGAUCUGGUAACACGCAACAUGGUCAUGUUCUUGGCAGGCCCCCGCUACGCUCCACGUUUGGAAUCAGGAUGCCAAUACGAUAUUGCAGAGUUUUAUAGUCCCAGCGCCCCCUUUCGGCCUGUACGUUGGUCGGUCCUGUUAUCUUUCUGGUUGAUGCUCACAGUCGCAUGCCUCUCUUACGUCGCUUCGUGCUGCCCGGUAGUACCAUCAAUACUGGCACAAGGGUAACCGUGUACUUCGUACUGAUAGACGCUACUGGGUCGACAACGACAAG